CACACUUCUACAAUAUUUUAACAACAACAAAAGUUCACAUAUUCCAGUUUUGGUUAAUUCUUUCUUGUUCGCUGGCCUUAGAAUAAUCUCCAUGUGAGAUAUUCGGUAAGCAGUGCAAUCCCGUGAAAAAAGAACGUACCGCACAUCCCCGAACAGGGAACUCCGCAACGUGCGUUCACUUGAAACUGUGCAGUACUCUGUUAGUGUUGGUGGAGGAGGUGGGAAAAAAGAAAGUGUCCGUGUGAGGUUUGGUUGCAAGCUCCGAUCGAAGUGCGACCAGCGUUGCGUGGCCAUCUAGCAGGCACUGCUUUCAGGCUAAACCGUACCGAUAAAAAACCAUCAAGACGCCGAUCGUAACUGAGAAACUGCCCCGCAGACGAGGUCAAGCUUUGGGCUCAAAAAUUGCUCUUCGGUCGAAAAGGCAGCAGCCCCCUCGUCGGAAGUUGGUCCAUCCGCCAUUUAUGGACCUUCCGAGGAAUUUGCACGAUUGCUACUUUUUCUACUAUUCGACAUGUAAAAAGGGGACCAACUGCGAGUAUCGCCACGAACCGGCGGCACUCGGCCAUGAGAAAACCUGCAAGCUGUGGGCGGAGGGCAAGUGUUACAACCGCACCUGCACCAUGCGCCACAUGAAGAUCGAAAAGCCGCGCUCAGCCACGCCGUGCUUCUGGGAGGAUCAACCAGGCGGCUGCCGCAAGCCGCACUGUGUGUUUCAGCACAAGAUUCCGAAGCCCGCGCAGCCAACGACGAGCAAUGUGGGCGUUCCGGUGCAACCGGCAGCUGCUGCCGCAGCAGCAAACGCAGCCGCGGCCCAUCUCAUGCACUCGACUUCGACCGCCGUUGUGCUGGACUACAACUAUGCAACCUUGCUGCCGAGAAUCAUCUAAAACACAAGCAUUUGCAUCUGUACCGAGGAACGGCUUGGCAAAGCUCUAAUGGCGACCAAACAUGCGGGAAGUUGAAUCGCAUCUGUAUUGUGUCUUUCCACGCUAAAGUGUGUGAGUGCGCGCCGAUUUGCCCAGAUCCUGAUAGACAACAAGUGCACAGGAUUAACGCUUCCUCUACGCACUAUCCCUUUCUCUUCUGCGACGCUUUACAUGGCGUAUUUAUUAUACAAUAUCCUUAAAUGGGUUGGGAAAUAAUCAGCUAUUAGUUUGUAUUUAUUAUAUUUAUUAUUUUUUCUUGCUUACCAUACUAUUGUUAAUAUCUCGAACAGCAUCAAAUUUACAGUUGAAUAAUGCGCCUCCUUGUGUGGCAUGCGGUUUCGAAUUUGCAAAACAAAGAGAAGAAAAAAAAUAGUAGAAUCCGUUAUUCGGACAGUCGUCUUUCCGUUGUCCGAAUAAAAGUUAUGAACUGAAAACAGAGCGAUUUAAAUAGAGCCAAUGUUCAACCAUUUGUAGGACUGGGCAGUAGGGUCCUUUUUGUUCAAUCUGCAUGUGGCUCACGAAACAAGAAUUAUUAUUAUUGAACACUUUUGGGAACUUACAAUUUAAAGGAAUAUUACGUAAUUGAAUUUGAUUUAUAUUAUGCGUCCAAUUAAAACUGCAGAAGAAAAGAUCAACUACGAUCACCCAGAUACAAACACAAACACACAUUAAAGUCGCGACCAAACCAAAUCGCUCCACUACCCAACUUAGUACCAGGUUAUUACAUUGUUUUUCGCUGUGUUGAUACUCAUUUGCAAACUUUCAUAAUUUGUAAAUCAAAAGCAAAAAGUAACAGAAAGUAGAUCCAUAGCCAUUUCAAUAGAUAGUGUACAACCGCUGGUUUUCCGAUACAUGCAAGUUUCGUUGGUUUUUCGUGAAGGUUUGUGAUUGAAAGUUCCUUAUGCGAAACAAAACAACAUAAAUGCUGAAAAAAUAAGGAAAAACAAUAAAAAUAGAAUCAAUGCAAGUUAGUAUAUCAAUUAAAGGGAGUAUAGCAACAAAAAAACAGAUGAACGCACUAGAACAUUGCAAUGAAAAUUGAAGUCUAGAAGUACACCAGGAAGUUAAAAAUAUAAUCGAGAUUCACUAGCAUUGGACGUUAAUUUCAAGCGACGAAAGUAAGACGAAUGGAACUCUUUCUACGGAAUAAAUGAAACGAAAAUGAACAUAAUGGUAACCAUUCUAUACAUACACACAGCAGACGUGUAGAAAAAUGCUAAAACAAAAAAACAAGCUAAACCGAAGUCAUUGUGAAUGCAAAUAGGAAUAAAUUGAAGACGUUAAAAAGCAGAUGGAAAUACUCUGAACAAUGAUCACGACAUAAUAGGACCGACAGAUGCAACAAAGACAGCUUAGCACACUUGUUCGCCCCGUGUACUCCAUAGAAAUGAAAACCUUGCAGGAUAUAGAGAUUUUUUCAUUUUGUUCAGUCCAGUUUAUGACGAGUACCGGUUGCAAAAGAUGAAAUUGAUCAACAAUAGCUUUUUAAAAAUAUACUUGGGUGGCAUUCUGCAUCCUAUUCUUUGAAGCAGUAACACAUGAGAUAAGAAAACGAACAUGGUCUAUCUGCAACCUAAGAAAAGUAAAGGAAAUAAAAGUCACAAACAUUAUUAUCUAGCAAAGGUUUCUUUCGGAUUUGCAUUCUCAAUUGAAUGACUACCUUGAACACGAGUUAAAUGAUAUUGGGCGCAAAAUAAAGUGGACUAUAAUCGCAAAAUUUAAACGUAAUAAACAAGUAAUCAAUGGAUUUAA